UUUUUUUCUCUGUUCGUGACGGGAACAAACCUCAACGUUUGACUCACAGAUUUUAUAUUCAACUAAAACAGCGCUGUAGCCGUUGACUCGUCUUAAAAAGGCCAGCUACGGUGAGAGGCAAGCACCACAGUCGUCUCUUCAAACAUUUCCCGGCGGAGCGGAAGUGAAAACGGAGGAAAUCAUAAUAUCAAAGAAAUCUGCUGAGAAAUGGCGGGGGGAGGACCUGCGGCCAACAAUGGCGUCCUGAAACGCGCCCAUCUCUACGAGUACAACAUCACCGGCUACUUCAUCUUCGCCUGCGUCGUCGGGGCCAUCGGCGGCUCUCUCUUCGGCGUCGAUCUCGGCGUUUCCGGUGGGGUGACUUCCAUGGACGACUUCCUGAAGGAAUUCUUCCCGGCGGUUUACAGGAGAAAGCAAGCCCAUCUUCACGAGACCGAUUACUGUAAAUACGACAACCAGAUCCUGACCCUUUUCACUUCCUCUCUCUACUUCGCCGCCCUCGUCUCCACUUUCGGCGCCUCCGUCGUCACCAGAAAGAAGGGCAGACGAAUCAGCAUCAUCUGCGGAUCAAUCAGCUUCUUCCUCGGCGCCGUCAUUAACGCCGCCGCCGUCAACAUCCUCAUGCUCAUCAUCGGCCGCGUCCUCCUCGGCGUCGGGAUCGGAUUCAGCAACCAGGCGGUGCCGCUGUAUUUAUCGGAAAUGGCGCCGGCGAAAAUCAGGGGAGCGGUGAACCAACUGUUCCAGCUGACGACCUGCCUCGGAAUCCUGAUUGCAAAUCUGAUCAACUACGGAACGGAGAAGAUCCACCCAUGGGGAUGGCGGAUCUCUCUGGGAUCCGCCGCCGUGCCGGCGGUGCUGAUGUUCAUCGGCGGGGUGUUCAUGCCGGAGUCCCCAAACAGUCUUGUGGAGCAGGGGAGGGAGAAGGAAGCCAGAGAGGUACUGGAGCGAGUGCGAGGCACCAAGAACAUCGAGGCGGAGUUUCUCGACAUGAAGGAAGCGAGCGAGGAAGCUCGAUCGGUGAAGAACCCAUUCCGCAACCUCCUGAAGAGGAAGAACCGGCCGCAGCUCGUGAUCGGAGCGAUCGGGAUCCCAAUGUUCCAGCAGCUCACGGGGAACAACUCGAUCCUGUUUUACGCCCCUGUCUUCUUCCAGACAAUGGGGUUCGGGUCCGGUUCCUCGAUCCUGUCCUCGCUCAUUACCAACGCGGGGCUGGUCGUCGGAGCGCUCAUGUCGAUGGCGGUGGUGGACAAGCUCGGGAGGAGGUUCCUCUUCAUCGAGGCCGGGAUCGAGAUGUUCUGCUACAUGGUCAUGGUGGGAGUUACCUUGGGGUACAAGUUUGGAGAUGGCGUGGCUCUCACGAAAGGUUACUCGGUAAUGCUGGUCAUCGUGAUCUGCCUGUUCGUGACGGCGUUCGGGCGGUCGUGGGGGCCGCUCGGGUGGCUCGUGCCGAGCGAGCUGUUUCCAUUGGAGACGAGAUCGGCCGGGCAGAGCGUGGUGGUCUGUGUGAACAUGAUCUUCACUGCGCUGAUUGCUCAGUGCUUUCUGGUGGCGCUCUGCCAUCUCCGGUACGGGAUCUUCUUGCUGUUUGCUGGGCUCAUCUUGGUGAUGACGGUGUUCAUUGUGCUGCUGCUGCCGGAGACGAAGAGGGUUCCGAUUGAGGAGGUUUACCUCCUGUUUGAGAAUCAUUGGUUCUGGAAGAGGAUUGUAGGUACCCGCCAGCCGCCGGAGAAGGAAAUGGGAGAAAAGGAGGCAAAGGAAAUGGGAGAAAAGGAGGCAAAUUUACAGGCAUAGUUUGUCAAAGUUAGGAGGAGGGUGGAGGGGACUUUACUGAUUACUUUCUGCCGUUCUUCUUACUAUUAUUGUUAGUGUUUAAAAAUGUCUGUAAAGCAAUAAUUUGCUGUUCUAUGGGGAAUGAAAUGUCGAGGCUUGUUUGGAUGCUGAAUCGUUAAUAUAUACAGAUGAAAUCUCGAGGUAUAUAGAGUUCACACAUCUGUUAUUCUGUUGUCACUUUAGAUUAUCCAAACAGAUGAUUUGGUGCAAAUACAUCGAGGGAUUUGGUGCACGAAUCUUCACGUUAUCGAGGUGUUUCAACUCCCGAUCAAUCCUCGUUCUUUUGACUUAAAUGGGAUCAGCUUCUGGAUAUGAUUUUGAGUUCAGGGGCACCAGAAAGAACAACAAAAGAGAAACAUUACUUACAGCAGAAAACUUGCAGGGUAUUUAGUACCUAUACACACAUGUAAUGUCGGUGGAGGAAUAGAAUUCACUGGUUUUGGGCAGCUUCGAACAAAUCCCUCCAUUUCUGUGGAUCACUUCCUGGACCUUCUCCCUGCACAAAACCAGACGCUCACAACUGAGCUGAUCUCGUAGGCAUUGCCUU